AUGUCUGCCGCCCCCGAAGCCGUCACCGCCUCAACAACCUCACCACCAGCCAAGCGCGUCAAGACCAAUCUUUCCACCAUGGACGCCCCUCCCCCAUUGCAAGUCAAGAAGCUCUCCGACAAGGCUCGUCUGCCGACCCGCGGCAGCGCCUUUGCCGCCGGCUACGAUGUCUACGCUUCCAAGGAGACCGUCAUUCCCGCGAGGGGCAAGGUGCUCGUCGAUACCGACAUCAGCAUCGCCGUGCCCGCCGGAACUUAUGGACGCAUUGCCCCCCGCUCUGGCCUGGCAUCGAAGCACUUCAUUGAUACGGGCGCUGGUGUUAUCGAUGCCGAUUACAGAGGGCAGGUGAAGAUCCUGCUGUUCAACCACGCCGAGACGGACUUUGAGAUCAAGGAGGGCGAUCGCAUUGCCCAGCUGAUCAUUGAGCGAAUCUAUACCCCUGAGGUGGUUGAGGUGCAGGAGCUGGAGGAGAGUGUGCGUGGAGCGGGUGGUUUUGGCAGCACCGGUGGGUUUGCCAAUGGUACUGUUUAG